AGAUUUGGGGUUUUAGGGCAAAAACCCUAAGCCAACAGCUAAAUCCCAUCCGGAGAGGCAGGCAGUGGAGCUUUACAAUCAGUCCUAUACUUCGCCAUUUUUUGGGUCGAAGUUAAAAAUCCCUAAACUAGAAAACCACACAAAUUUCAAUUUAUUCCUAAACUUGAAUUAGUGAAUAGUUUAGUCACCUAAGUAAAAGAUGCAGCACGAUGAGGUCAUAUGGCAGGUUAUCAGGCACAACCACUGCAGUUUCAUGGCAAAAAUCACGACUGGGAAUUUCUGUAGAAACCCAUACAACGCCACGGGGAUUUGCAAUCGAAGCUCUUGCCCUCUUGCUAAUAGUCGAUAUGCUACCAUUCGUGAUCAUGAUGGCGUUUUCUAUCUGUAUAUAAAGACUAUAGAAAGGGCUCAUAAGCCAAAUCAAUUGUGGGAAAGAGUUAAGCUUCCAAGAAAUUAUGAAAAGGCUCUUGAGAUUAUUGACAAACAUCUGAUGUAUUGGCCUAAGUUGCUGAUACAUAAAAUAAAGCAACGGUUGACUAAAAUGACUCAGAUGCGUAUUCGAAUGAGGAAGCUUGCUUUGAAGACAAGGGAAAAGAUAGUUACAGUACCAAGGAAGCAGGUAAAAAGAGAGAGCAGAAGAGAGGAAAAAGCUGAAAAAGCGGCCUUGUUGGAUAAGAGUAUUGAAAAGGAAUUGCUAGAACGCCUUAAGAAAGGAGUUUAUAAUGAAAUAUACAAUUACCCUGCUGAUAAAUACAAUGAACUACUUGAUAAGGAUGAACUACACCAUGAUGUUGAAGAAGAGGAAGAAGAGAUGGAGGAACCUGAGGUAGAAUAUGUUGAGGGCUAUGAAGAUCUUGAAGAGGAAGAUGAUAUAGAAGAUUUUGGCAGCAUUGGAAUCAAGGACUUCCAUGCAUUUGAUGAUGAUGUUGAGGAUGACAAUGAUGCUCAAGAGACAGAAAAAGUUGAUCGCAAGAAAUGGAGAAAAGAAUCUGAGUUGGCUUCAAGAAAGCUCGAGAAAGACGAAUCUGGUGCUAAAUUGAAGAAGAAAGCAAGGGUACUUGUUGAGGUUGAGAAUGAAGGUGGUUCUGAAAGACAAAAAGCAGUCCAUUGAGUGCUAAUGUUAGUCUCAUGAUUGUAGAUUAUGCUGAAAAGAGUACUCAGCGAAGAUUAAGUUGCUCAAAGCAAUGCAAAAUUUGGAAUGUGUCUAAACAUACACUCAAGUCCUCCCAUCUUUCUUAUUUCUUCACACCAUUUCUUUACCCAGAAUAUUUAUGUUGGAUCAAUUUUGAUUAAUUUGACUUCAGCUUUCUUGCAUUUUUUCA